AUGUCUUGUUCUUCAUUUCAAUUACUUUGUGAACAUACCCAAAUACUUCAACAAAAUAUACUAAAGGUCAUUAACCCAAACAAAUACUCUCCAAUAGAAGCAAUUCAAUUAGAAAUAGUUUCAAUAAUAUCUUCAAUUGUUGAUUAUCUUAAUAACCAAAAACAAACAAUUGAAGAAAUCAUAAAAAAGGUGUGUGAAUGCUCACAACCAUUAAAAGAAACAAUUAAAUUAGAGCCUUGUCAAGAACUUUCUUUAAUCAUUGAAAAACCAAAAGAUGGUAUUUCUGAAUUUGAAUUACCAGGACCACUUCCAUUACCAAAGGAAUUCAAUACAUUAAAUGAUAAUUUUGGAGAACUUACACCAUAUUAUUCUCACUUAAAAGAGUGGUGUAGGAAGAGUGAAGCACACAUUAUUUUUGAAAGCAAAGAUUUAACUUCAAAAACGUUUUGGCAUUUAACCAAAAACUUAAAGAACAUGAUGAUUAUAAUACAAACAGAAGACAAUUAUAUGUUUGGAAGUUAUCACUCUAUAUUACCUAAAAGUCAAGAUGUAUGGGUCCAAAAUGAUCCAAAUCAUUUUGUAUUUACAUUAACUAAUCCAAACCAUGUUAAACCAUGUCGAUUUGAUCCAUUACCAACAAACAACAAUUUAUUAUUUAUUUAUGGUGAUAACGACAUAGAGAAUGUUGUUUGGAUUAAUUAUUGUUAUUGGAUUACUUGUGAUAAUAUUAUUUAUUUAUGGCAUCAUUUUCCUGAUAAUUAUAUAGAUACUACAGGAUUUGGAGGUGAUUUAUUUGUUGGUUGUGUGGAUUGGGACAAUCCAAAUGAAAUUAAAAAAGUAUAUAUAUUAGAAUGGAUUAACAAAGAAUGA